AUGUCGGGGGACCAGUCAAAUACGUCUUACAACGACGUGCAAACGAAGAAGUUGAGAAGGAAGCCUCCCCCACCAUUGAACGAAGCUAUAAAUGAUCCCACGAUACCUUACAAGCUGCAAAAUCAGCAGCAGAAUCAACUGCAAGGUAUACAGGCGCAAUACCAGCAGCAAUAUAACACAUACAACUCUCCAGAUCUUCAGAAUUCAUAUACCCAUUCCCAUCAACAAGGGUUCGCUCCGCAAAGUCCACCAUAUGUGAACGUGCAACACACACAACACUCCUCUGCUCAACAGAUACUACCACAAUCUCCUCCACAAAAGAGGUCACAGAUGCAAGAUUCACGAAUACACCAACGCCAGUGGUCCAACGGCUCGAUGCAGUUUUCACCACCUUCGAGAUCUGGUGCCUCCGGCUCCUCUAUGAUUGGAUCUCCACCUGAAUAUGGAAAUACUUCGUUUGGGUCUGAUCGUCCCCAAUUUGGUGAUGCCAGCAUUAAGACGCCGCCUGCUGUUCCAGCAAGGCCGUACAAGCACAGAAGUUUUGACGUGCCGUCACCCACUGCUGCAUACUCCUCUGGAAUCUCAGGACACCGACUAAACGGGCCCAAAGAUUGGCACUCGAUGUCAGCGCCUCUGAAUCCUUCACAACAAGCAAUGCACGUUCCAGAUAUACUUCAGGAUCUCUCUUACAUAGAGGAUUCGUAUAAUGAGGAUCAGUCCUACAACUCUAUAGAUCCACGACCAAUUGGCCCUAAGGUCUUGGCAGAUUACGAUAUCUCAAGCGACUCUAUGAAUGGGGCUAAUACAUCUGUUCCCUACCCAUUGACAGAUGUGACAGAUGCUGAGUAUGGGAUUUCAAAAGAUGAGUAUAAUUUCGAAGGCGGUAACUCUUCUUCUGCUUUUAAUACCCCUACCCACCAAAGUAUACAAUACCAUACAACAACUCCCACAAAGAUCCCGCCAUUGAUUGAUACGGGGUCAUUAAAGAAAAUCCAGAAACCUGUUCCUCCACCUCCCCCCCCUGCACUUUCAAAAUAUGGCCAAAACAAUGAAUUGAGUACUCCUCUAUCACCUGGUUCUUCAUUUGGGGGUAAUAGAAAUGCCAGAUCUCCCAACAGGAGGUCGUCAUAUAUUUCCAAUUCCUCUCCGACCAGAUCGUCGCCUACAAACCGAAAUUAUAUCAACUCUGUAUACUCUGACAGGCUAUAUGGAACAAACAGCAGAUCUCCUUCGCCGAAGAAAAGUAUCAAAUAUGAAAGGUCUCCUUCGUUGAUGUAUAAGGAGGAUCAUUGGGGCGUAAGAGGUCUGGAUGUAGAUGAAUACGGUGAUAGUAUCAACGAAAAUUAUAGUACAAACCACCGCUACUCCUACGACUCUACAAAUGGCUUUUAUGAUAUGGACGAUGAUGAUGUAUUGGAGAAUGAAUUCUAUCCAAUUCGAGAUGACAGCAUUAAAUCUUCCACGACUUCCAACUACCAAUAUUUUGACGAUGGCAUUUCGGGAGAGUCUCAGGGAACUGAAAAUGUAUUCGAUUAUUCUAUUUUACCAGAAUUACCUACUUCUGCAACCAGUGAAAAUAUAUCCCAACCUUCUUCUCCCGGUAAAAGAACUGCUUUGCAUUCUGCCUUGUCUUUUUACAAUAAAAAUCAUCAUUUAGUUUCUAGUGAAUCUGCUUCUCCGGUAUCCGUUGAUAGAAAAAGAUUAGACUUCGAUCUACCACCCGUACCUUUGGAUUUGCCUCAGUUACCCUUCACCUCCUCAUUAUUGAAGAACCAGCACUUCCAAUCGUGUUCUAAAAUAUGGUCUAUGAGCGAGAUCUUGAAUUGGUGCUUGAAGUUAGGUACUUGGUCUCAUGAUCUGUUCAUUUCAAAGAAAGAAUUUAAAAAUACCUUAAGCAAGCUAUUGGUAUUCCACAGAAGUGAUAUACCUUUGGAUGUCAUAACCAGGAACGUCGAUCACAUUAUGAAUAUUCUCCUCAAGGAAGGUGGAAUUGAUUACAAGGAAGAAGUAGACCUCGAAGAAAUAAAGGUAACAAAUGGCGAGCAAGAGUUAAAACCUAACCAGAAAGCUAAGAGCAGGAUAAGAGUGGUAUUCCAUUCAGUUUAUGUAUCAGGAGUUCUUACAGAAUUGCUUGAAUGCUAUUCACACGAUAAAGAGCACUCCCGCAUAACUAGUGCUGAACCCACUGAAGUCUUACGUUGUUUUUCUUCAAGGUGCUAUCUCAAUCAAGUAAUUGAACAUCAGCUUCUUUGGAAAAACACAAAUAUAAAUGAGAUUAUUUUAGCUGGAGACUGGGCAACUCACUGGAAGUUGACGGCAGAGGAUAUAGGUAGAUUUGGAAAGAAAAUCGUUGAAUCUCAAUCUAACAUUUUUGACUUACUUAGACUUGAGCAAAAUUUUAUACAGAGGGGGAAAUGCUAUGUCAACGUCGUUGGACCAGAAUUUAUCAAAGUAUCUAUCCUGAUUAUGGGUGGCAAGAGUUCAAAUAUAAUCUCAAUGAACAAUUUUAGAGAUGAUGUGAUCAAGCCAGGCUCAGAGUUAGUUCAAAUUCAUGAGAAGUCUCUUUUUGAACCAUUAUUGAAAAUCUUGGUAUCUGAAGGGAAGUUUGUUAAGUCAAUAGUAGAUAUAGCAGAUCUUUACUACAAUUGGACACAGGAUGUCAGACCCUCAUUCUUAAAAUACAUUAGUACUUUACCAAUGAUAGAUGAGCUAUUUCAUAAAGAACAGAUUAAGAACUGGGCUAAUAACGAAGUUAGAAACCUUCCGGGAGUGAAGGAACUAGGAGUCAACGGUGAGAUUUUAUUAAAAGGUACCUUUAAUUCUAGAUUAUUUCUGUUACCUUUGCAAUUAAGUGAAAUUAGAAAGCUGUAUGACCCUGAAGAAGAGGAAUACAUCCUGUUGACUAGAGCAUUAGAAGGAGUUAAAAAAUUAGCCUCUAGAGUGAAUGAAAUGAAAAGGCAUGCAGAUACAGUUUUUGCCUUGAAAAGGAUCAAUAAGCAAUUGCUCUGGAAGCAAAAUAUACCACUAACAAAUCUCAAUUUAGGACUGGAUAAUAGAAAAUUAUUCUUUAGAGGAGAUUUAAUUAGAAAGGGAGACUUGAAAAUUACGCUGUCAAUUAAUCAUGUCAUUUUACUUGACAACUUCUUAUUAAUUACUGAAAAGGUGAAAAGUAGUAGCAGGCAUGGUUAUUCGGGCUACAGGGUUAUUGAAAACCCUAUAGCUGUUGAAUUAUUACUAGUGGAGAUAAAAGAUGUAGACCUGGAAGUAUCAGAAGCAGUUGCGAAGAGUUCCAACGAUGCAAAUAUAUCUCCUAACAUAACCGAAAAUUCGACUUCUGAUAUGAUAAAUACCAAUAGCAGUGGAGGAGAAGACCCAAAUGAAGAUUCAACAUAUUCAUUCAAAAUACGUUAUGCUGGGCGUGGUCAAAAGAAUGCAUUUAUUUUCUCCACCAAGUCAGAAAGAGAAAGGAUCCUAUGGAUAUCUACUUUAAUUCGUGCAAGAAGUAAUCUUUGCAAGAGAUUAUCGCGCACGGAAGCAUUUACUUUGAAAUCUAUUGGAAAGACGAGUUUUGCUUAUGAGCCUAAUAAUAGAGUCAUAAAGUUACAGGUUUGUGCUCCCCAUGAUCCUAUUGAACCAGCUUCUGAGGUAGCGUAUCAGACGUUUAAAAAGUUAAAUAUUAGAGAUAUUUAUAGCUUUAACAACGCAAAAUACCAUUUAAUAUUUGGGAAAGUGACAAAUAUGUUAUCCUUUGAUUACAAGGGUAACAGAUUCUUUUUGGCAGGCUUAUCUCUGGGAGUUUAUUGUUCUAAUGUCCAAAUGGGUUGGAAAAAGGUUAUUAAUGGUCCUGACAUCAGUAAAUUAUCAGUCAAUACGGAAUCAAAUUUGGUCGUGAUAUUGGGUAAUAAAAAUCUUAGAUACUAUUUACUUGAUGUGUUAAUUGAUGUUUACUUCGAAAAAAGGGAAAAAAUGACUAGUGUUUCGUUAUCGAAUGAACCGGUAACAUUUUUCGAAAUGGGAGUACACAGAAACAUCACCAUGUUGUUUUAUGCUAAGAAGAAGACAAACUCUACUCACACUAAUUUCAAGGUAUUAAUUCCCGAAACCGAUAACGAUGGCGUUUUCAAUUCCUUCAAAGUAGCGAAGAAGUUUUAUGUGCAAGCGGAUUGCUAUGGAAUAGCGUUGUUCAAUACUUCUUUUGCUGUCUUCACAAAUAAGGGAUUUGAAAUUUUGGAGUUAGAUAAAUUAUUACCAAGAUCAAUUCCUGAAAUACCACCCAGUGUAGAGGUUGGAGGUAGCAAGAAGCAUCAAAAUGCGUUGUCGCGUAGUACAACCAACAGCACAACCGCAUCAAAUGGUUCGAUGGCAAGCAGUGGUAGUAGUAACUCAUCUAAUUUUCAUCCUGGAAUUGAAAGCAUCCGAAGAGCUGUUCAUUCUGGUAGCAGUGUUAAACCAAUGGGGAUGUACAAGCUCGCAAAUAAUACCGAGUUUCUUCUUGUAUACAAUGACUGUGCUAUUUUCACCAAUAAGCAUGGUAAAUUGUCCAGAUUUCAAAUGCUAACGUUUGCCUUCAAGGCUAAGAAGAUUACAUUUUUGAAAAACUACCUUUUCGUUUGUUGCGAAGAGUGUUUGGAAAUUUGGUCUAUUAGUGAUUUCACAAACGGUACUAAUAAACUCAUCCAAGUCAUAGUUGGAAAAGAUGUUUCUAUGAUAAAUGGUUCAGGAGAUCAGAUAUAUGUAACGAUGGCUAAUCCAAAGGUAAUUGGGUUGCAACUAGUUUUCCAGCUAGAAGAAAAAUCAGGUGAGCUUACUACGGCUUGA